AUGGGAAAUGUAUCCACGAGGGACGAAAAUGUAAAAAGAAGCUUAAUACUGUUAGAUGAUAAACUUGUUCAUAAUUUGGAAAAAAAAAAUAAUAAUACAAACACGGAAAUAAAUGCAAAAGAGUUAGGGGAGGAAAAUGCGUUAAAGGAAAUUUGUUCAGUAGCAAAACCAGCGUCACCAGGGGAAAAUGAAUACGACGCAUUACGCAAAAGAAUUCUUAACGAUUUAAUUAAGGAGAGAGAAAUAUACAUGAACAGUCAGAAGGAUAUAUUAUAUAAUAUAAAAGAACACCCAAAUAGUUUGAAAAUUCCACAAACUCAUAACGAAUGUUUUCAUGAUGAAAAUAAAAUAUAUAAAUGCCUUAAAAAUAUGAACGAUUCAACGUCUACUUUUGUUAAUUCUUAUGCCCGAUGUUGUAGGUAUUUGCGAGAAUAUGAAAGUUGUGUUCAGAAAAUAAAGACCUAA